CUCAAAGGUGAAACAUGGCGGGCGAAGGAGCGGUACGUCUUUCGUUGAUACAAUAUGUUGUAUGAGUGAUAUUGAUUUGUAACUGUAUGCUCAUCAUAUAAUUUCUUUCGUAUUUUAUUUCAGAGGACAAAAUUGGAUAUUGUCUCCAAGAUUUGGCCCAUUUCAAUAAUGAAGGCAAAGUGCGAGUCACCUAAAAAGGUAAUAUUUUCUCAAACCACCGGCGUGUUUACAAAAUUACAUCAUCACAACAAACGAUUUUUGACACAAUCACAGUCACAGUGUUAAGUAAUAUUCUGUAUAUCCAACAAUUUCAAAGUUUAAUUAAUAUUUAAAAAUCAAAAUACUUAAAAUUAGUUAAUUAUCUUUUUUUUUUUUUUUAAAUUCUAGGUUUAUUUUCAGUUAUUGAACUAAUUGAUUUUAUGGCUUAAAAAAAAAAUAAUUAAUAAUAGUGAUCGGAAAAUAACCUAAGCUCCUGAUAUUUUUUACUUAAAUAAUAUUAUGAAUAAACAACAAUUUAAAAAUUUAAUUAAUAUUUAAAAAUCAAAAUACUUAAAAUUAGUUAAUUAUCUUUUUUUUUUUUUUUAAAUUCUAGGUUUAUUUUCAGUUAUUGAACUAAUCGAUUUUAUGGCUUAAAAAAAAAAUAAUUAAUAAUAGUGGUCGGAAAAUAACCUAAGCUCCUGAUAUUUUUUACCUGCACAAUGUUAAUUGUGUAAUAAUAAAUAAUUUUUAAAGCUAAAAAAUAAAAAUAGCCUAUCCAUCUCUAAGUAAAAGUAAGACUAGGCUAGUAUUGUUCGUGUCUUGUUAGCUAGUUUUGGGUUAGCGGUAAGACCCGCCAUGUGUUCCACAGGACAGUAUUUAUAUAAGUCAUGGAAAAAAAUGGAUGUUCCCCCUGGCCCCUUGUCAACUUUGGUCUAUAGUAUAUAGCUCUGUAUCAAAAGAUUUCGGAUCAAAGUGCAGUUCAGGUGUGUAUAGUCAUAGUAUUCUCAAUGGUUUUUGAAUUAUCGCUGGUACUUUAUUAAAUUAACUCCAGUUAGUAAUAAGUUAACUAACAGUAACACUAAAUUGUAAAGUGCACACAUUUCUUCUUAUUUUAUUUGAUAAUGUGUAUUUGAAGAGCCCAUUUGAUACUUCUAUAAUAUAGACUGUAAAUGAAUGAUGUCUCAAUUUUGUAUCUUUCAAUUUUUGUUUAAAUGACUUGAUCCCAGUCAGUGUGAAUAGUUAUUGUAUGCAUUAUUAUUCAUUAUAUAUAUUAUAAACUGUAUGUUUAUUUACUAUUAAGAUACAGUAUUGUACGAUUUUGAGACAAUAUUGUACGAGGUUAAGCAAGUCUGCAGUAGGCAACCCUGCCUAGUAAGCUUAAAUCACGAAGAUGCAUUCAUUAUCGAUUAGGGCCUAAUUUAGAUAAGGUAGAACUUGAGUGAGUAGCCCCUACCUUGGCUUUAACUGACAGUUUUCAUCCAAAAAUGAGUUACAGAUUUGAAUCAGUCUUUAAUUGUAACAUGUUCAGAUUAAAUAUUUCUAAGCUUAUUAAUACUUAUAUAGUAAAUUUAGCCUAGGCAUUUUUAAAGAUAAGGUUAGAACUAUCAGGUUAUUUCUAAAAGUAAUGAGGACCAGGGGCGUAGCGAGGGGGGGGGGAGGCAGAUGUCCCCAGGCGCCAGUUAGUUAGGGGCACUAAAAUGUGCUUUGAUAUUAUUUCAUUGAUGAAAAUAAUGUGCAUGAGAGUUGAAAAAAAGAAAAAGGGGCGCUUUUAAAUGGAUCUUGUCCCCGGGUGCCAAACACCCUUGCUACACCUCUGACUGUACGAAGGUGACAUUACUUGACUACGCAUCUGCUUGACUAAAUGCCUCCUGCAGGCACGAUUUGAUUAAUGCCUAGAAUUUUGCCUUACUCUUACCCUCACACAGUGAAAGCAUAUCUAAUAUUUUUAUAUAUGGCAAGCCCUUAAGCUGGUAAUAAACAUUUACAAACAUUGGACCCUUGUGGUAACCCCUCAACCCCCACCGAUGUAUGCCCCAGCACCAGACCAAAGUGGAACUUUAGACUUAGGUACUAGACUAGUGUUUCUAUAGAUCUAAGUGUAAUUAUUAGGUAAAACUGAAUGUCACACGCAAAAUGUAUUUUUUACACACAUAUUCAUAUACAAUUUGAUUAAUAUUUAGGAACCUUAAAUGAAGCAUUUGAUUUUUUUUUAAAUUUAAAAACCAACAAUCAAUGACAGUCAGUGGGGUCACAGAAACAUUAACACAAGUUGAUCUAUAAUGAAAAUAAGGACCUCAUUCUCUGCAGAUCAUGAAAUCACAGUAGUGAUGGAAAAAAUCUUUAUGAGCCUGAUGGCAAAAUAUAUCACUUUUUCUCAACAAAAGAAAAUCCAGUGCAUUGAAAAAUGGAUUAUAUUUUAUCUGUUUAGUCAAUAAAUGGCCAAAAAGACCAUAACCUAUACCAAUAGCUUAGAAAAAUACCAAUUACCUUAUUUUUUAUUGUCUGAUACAAGAUAGAUCUGUUGGGGUUUUUUUUAAAACACUUUCGGGGCAGUGAGAAGAAAAGCAACCCAUUUUCACAUUAAGUGGUGGCUCUAUGAAAUUACUUUAAUUCUAUUAAAAAUGGUGUUGGUAAGAUGUAAGGUUUAUUAUUUUAGUAGCUUACUUGAGUGUAAGAAAAUAACGAGUUAAAUAUGCCCUACUGAAAAUGUUUUCCUGUCUUGACCAAAUGUUCCAAUAAUAUUAAAGUUAAAUUCAAAAGUUUUCUGUGAGAAACUUUUGCAUUUAGUUUUUGAAAAUUGUGUUGUAAAGUUAAAAUUAAGAACCAGUCCUGUUCAAGCAGAAAGUAUGUGUUUCUUCUUGUUUUUUAUGUUAACCUGGCAUUAUGUGUAGUCAUUUUGUUGGUAAUUACCUUUUUCUAAGUACUAAGCAGUUUUUUAAUCUUGAUUUCAGCAUGUUGUUGAGCUUAUCAAAAGAUCGGAGACAGAUGACUUAAGGGCAGUUUUUGAAAAAGUAGGUCGUUAUUACACUACUUAAUACUAUCUUGUUUCAACUGUACUAUUCUAUUUCAUGACCCCAAUCACUUAUCAAUUUGCAUUGUAUUUUUGCCCUUUUCUUUUAGCUCUCAGUGGAGAUGUUAAUAAACACAAUAAAUGUUGCAUUUUUUUUUUUUCAAAUGCAAACACAUGAUAUAUUAGAUGGUGUUAAAAAUGUGUCUAGUCUAGUAUUGCAAUAAUCAUAUUUUACUGCCCCUUCUCCAGUAUGCUACUCAGACGGUGGAUGGUGAGAAGUACAUGUCAUACUCAGACCUCAUUCUGAAAUACUUACAAUUACUAGACGUUGAAAAAUAUGACCCCUACACUUUUAACGUGUUUGCCUCCUGUGUGGAUACAUCAAGAGAUGGGUAUGUAAGACAUUCAAGGGUAUUGUUUGUACCAGUGAGGAGGGGAAUGCUAAACACUGUCAAUUGGGUUUAAAGAAGGAAAAAUAGUAUUUUGAUAAAAGGCAAAUAGACUUCUUGAACCAGCACAUGUACAGAUCGUAAAUUGAUAUCAUUCAAGCUUUGGCUUCUAUUUUUACUUUUAAAGCUUUUUUAAAAAUAAAAAGUAACCCCAAACUCAAAUACAACUGACUUUUGUGGUUGUUAUUAUUAUUAAAUAAAAUUCAUUCCUUUAAUCAUAUUAUUAUUGUGGGAAAAUAUCACUGCCUUUGAUCUACAUGCUGCUUAGUCACAUGAUAGAAGUUGGUUCAGACUAUACUAUAUGUAAACAUUAAUAUUGUAUUAAAAUAUGAAAGCUGUUGAUAUCAUUUGCUUCAUAUCUGAGAAUGUUACCAUGGGGUGAAAUAUAAGAAUGUCAAAGUAAUGCCUGUAGUAUUUAAUGUUGCAUACUAAUUACAGGAAUAUUUGCUUAGCACAAAACAUUAAGUCAACAAAUAUGCUGUAAUGUGUUAGUAGAGGAGCAACCAGCUAAACCAGAAAGAUGAAAAACAUUGCAAAAGUCCCAAAAAGUUUCAGUUCUACUUGAAAUAAGACAUGCUACUUUUUUUCAGGCUCAUCUCCUUCUCAGAAUUCCAAGGUUUUGAAGCGCUUCUUUGUGCCCCAGAUGCCAUGUAUGCUUUGGCUUUUCAGAUUUUCGAUCGCAAUGGAAAUGGUUACAUAACAUGUGGUGGGUUUUUUCUUGGGGUGAUUUUACAAUAAAGUUAGAGAUUUUCUUGUAAAAUGAUAACAUUCAUGUGAUUAAUUUUGGGGAUUUUAAAAUCCUAAUGGUUGUCUUUAUUAUUAUUAGGCUUUUUGCCUUUUUUAAAAUGGGUUAAUCUAUGUACAUCAUAUAUUUUUAAUUAAUGUAAUGUCUUAAUAUAGUUUAACAUUUAAAAUAUAGCUUUAUGAGACGAUACAAUUAUCAGUAAGGCAAACUCAUGGAUGUAGACCAAGGUAUGACAGCAUAUCUAAAUUAAUGACACCAAGAACUCAUUUUUGAGUGGCAAAUCAUUUACCAAUAUCUUGACCCCAACCAACAUUCAUUGAAUUAAGAUGUACACUUAUCCACUUUCUCCUUAAGUUCCUCUGCUUUGGUGUUCUUUUACUUUCAAUUUAUACUAAAUAUGUUUACUGAAAAGCCUAAGUAUCUCAUGUAGUAUUAAUUAGUAUAAUACUGGUUAUGUCUCUUCUAUAUCCAAGGACAUAUUUGCUAGUAAUUGAUAAUACAUAAAGUGCUUUGUAAAAAAUCUCAACUUAACAUAUUUUUACACUUGCUAUUUUCAGAUGAGUUUCAGGACAUCCUCAAGCAUACAACUUUAUAUCAGUCCAUCCCAUUUAAUUUUGAAAGUGAAUUUAUACGCCUUCAUUUUGGUAAAGACAAAUCAAGAAAAGUUUCCUAUUCAGAAUUCACACAACUGAUCCAUGUGAGUUUGAUUAUUUAUUUUUUUAAAAUUGGGUGAAAUUCCUAGCAUUAGUUCCUAAAUAUAUUCUUGGCAGAAAUGUUGCUAUUUUGCAAUAUUAUUGAUGUGUUAAAAGUGUGGUUGUUUUGUUGGGAAAUGGCAAGUAAGAGAGUUUAUAUUUACGUUUUUACUUUGAAUCCUAAGCAGAGAGGGAAUUCAAAUUUUAUUAAAUUGAGUCAAUAAACUAUGAAUUUCCUUAGGACUUCCAUGAAGAACAUGCAUGGCAGGCUUUUCGUGGCAGAGACAAGAACAACAACGGCUAUAUUUCAGCAAAAGACUUUGAAGAGAUUCUCUUGUCACUGAAGUCUUAUCUACUCACUCCUUUCGUUCGGGAAAACAUAGUUACUGUGAGUUUCAGUGUAAAAAUUCAGAAAAAGAUUCAUUCAGUAUUUUGUAAUUAAUUAAAGAGAUUAAAAUAUAGAUCACUAAAUUAAAAUAGUUCAUUACAUUGAUUUUCAAAUGCUAUUUUUCAGCCUUAUAUUCUUAGAUUUUUUUACCCGCAGUAUAGCUAGUUUUUUAUAUUUAGAUCUGCAUGCAAGAAAUGUUGAUUUCAAAACUUAGGUAAUUGUUGGAGAGGGACACCAGAGACAGAUCAGCUAUGCGUACUACACUGCUUUCAUAUCUCUACUCAAUAACAUCGAGCUCUGCAAAAGAAUUUAUCUUAGUGCCACACGCAAAGACACAUCAAAACCAUUAGCUAAAGGUAUGUUAGAUGAUUGUUAGUUUUAAAACAAAAAUAUGGAUUUUAUUUUUUGUGGGCAUAAGUUUGAAUGUGAGCUUAGAGCCAAGUAUGCCAUAGUUUUAGCAUCGUGAGGUGAUUAAAAAUUGUUUAUUGUUGGAAUAAAUACAGUCCCACAUAUUUGAUAGUUUUGUUAUUAUGUCACUUAAUGAGCAUAUUAUUUUAUUACUCUCGAAUGAGCCUUUUCACAAAUUCGGCUAAAUCUGAUUUCUUUCAAAUUAAUAGUAAUUCAUACACAAUAAGUGUCAAAUGAUGCUGUCUCAUUCUGAUUACAACAGAAGUCAUUUAGUCAAUUAACAUAAAUUUAAAUUUAAGUUUACAAUAUUAACAACACAAUAAGCAACAUAUUUUCAGGUUUUCCUGAAGUAAUACAUAAAUGGUGACAUCUUAACUCUUACAUUCAGAUAAAAUUCUCAAUUUUUUUAGCUUACAUGGAUACCUUAGUUCCUUCUUUUUAUAUAUUGGUAAAAUUUAUAUUGUUAUAUUGUUUUACUUAUAAAAUCUCCUUACUUUUCUUCAUUUUGUUGACUGCAGUUUUUACCUUGACCCCUGCCUUCUUCUUUUGUCAGAGGAGUUUUUGUAUCAAGCUCAAGAAUUCUCACAGAUCACUCCCCUGGAGGUGGACAUUCUCUACCAGCUUGUUUACUUACAAAAUCAACAAAGGUAUGACAUUAUGACCAUGAUAAAUAAUUUUAUGUUUUGAGUAUUGUCUUUAUAAGUAGUGAGGGAUCCUGCACAAGCCUGCUGAGUUUUUAUUUUAUUUUCAAAUCAUUCUCUUUUUACCAUAUCUUUUCAAUAAAUAUAUGUAUAAUAUAAGAUGGAUGUAAAUAGGGUCCUUUUUAACCCACAAAGCUUCAAGUGCAUCAUUCUGUGGCAUCAUGACUUUUUUAGUUACCGGUACUUAAAUAUGUAUCACUAAAAUACCAAAAAAUAAUUGAAAAUGACUCAAGAAAACCAUAUAAAUAUCUGACAAAAAUUCAUAUGGUAUGAAUUUGGGAAUUCUGUGAGCUGUUUAAGAUGAAUAUUACCAUGACCUUUUCAAAGUGAAUACAAUAAUUAUUUUGCUACUGUUUUCAAACAUCAGCUCACAUCCACACUCACUGUUUCUUAUCUAAAUAUAUUGAGUAAUACCCCUUUUGCAAACCUUAAAAUUAAAACUUGUGAUUCAGAUUUAUGAUAUAAGUUUUAGUUACGGCACAUGAUAGUGGUACAACUUUAACUUCCUGUGAAGAAAAAUUUUUGCAGGAUGAAAAAAGCCUACAUGUGGUUUUGAAAAACAUAUGACAUCAUAUUAAUAUUUUGUUGGUGAUCUAUCCCUAAAAUAUAUAACUGCAUGUUAUCUGACCUUACUGCCCUUGUCAACGGAACACAUCUUUAAACCAAGACUGGUGACGUUAAAAUUAGAUAAAGACACUGCAGUUAUUUUGAAUGUCACUCUAUCAGCUGACUUUGAUGAAUAUUUCAGAGCUCCCACAGACAAGUUAACAGCCAGGUUUAUACAUGACUUAACAUUCACAUUUGUAUUUAUCAAUAUUUUACUAUUUAAAACAAAUAUUAUAUUCAAGAUAGUAGUUGAGUCUGCUUAUUUUUUAUGAAUGCACCUUUUAACCAAGUACAUUAAUGAUGUCCCUGAGGGUGUAGUUCAUUUGAUGCAUUUAGAUCAGUGUUUCCAAGUGUGGGGCAAAGAAGUGUGGGGGGGGGGGGGUGUAAUUAAAAGAAUAUGGGGGUAGAGCAUAUUGUAUCUUGGCAAUAUGGAUGUAUUUAUUCUUCAAGUUGUGACGUAGAUAGAUAUGACUUCUUUUUAUCUAUUGAUCUACAACAUAGCAAUAGGGCUGUGUCCCCCCGCAAUUCGUUUUACUCAAAUACUUGCUUUUGCUAUUCCUGGAUUCAUAUAUGGAUGGGGCUAUUCUGACCCGUUGAGAGUUGGGUGUAUUAAAAAAUAAUUUAAAAUUAUUGUAGGGUUUGUAAGACAAAAUUUGGUAUCAAAUGAAAGAUAAUUGAUUGAACUAUAUGUUUGUAAACUUACUUCUUCAGUUUAACUAAAAUAAACUACCACAAAUGACAUCCGAAUAGAAUUUAGUCAAAACGGAACCGGAAACCUAUCGCCGCUAUUCAGACCUGGGUCCCAUUAGACUCAAGCUAUUCAGAUGUCAUUUGUGGUAGUUUAUUUUAGUUAAACUGAAGAAAUAAGUUUACAAACAUUUAGUCCAUUCCAUUACCCUUCAUUUGAUACCAAAUUUAGUCAUACAACCUAACAAUAAUAUUUUAUUUUAAAUUUUGAUCCCAACCUCUCAUUUCGGGGACCCAGGUCCGAAUAGCCACUUCGUUCAUAUAUUGUUGAUUUAGUGUUUUUAAAGAGGAGUAUUUUAAAACAGAUUAAGGGGAUCCAAGUGUAAAAAAAUAAUCAAAAUUUGACAAAAAAUAUCUCCUCAAAACUUGAAUUGUUUGUUAGAUUAAUAUGUUUAUUAUCAUUAACCAACUAAAUACAACACUUGAAAAGACCCCAAGUCCAAAGAUUGGAUUUACAUUUUUUUUGUUAUUUUUUUUUUGCUGCUUCUAGAUUUGAUGGGGUUGUUUUUAUUUUUUUGGGAGGAUUGUUUUUUUACCAGCAGGAGAGCAUAAAAACAUUGUUUAGGUCAAGAAUUUAAAAAAAAAGUGUUUGGGAAAGAAACACUGAUUUAGAUGGAGUUGACCUUUUUUAACAUUAAUUUUGUCCCUUCUGUCAGAGUGUUCUAUAAACAUAUGAAAUUGGUUGUGCCUGACAAUAUGUGAGUACAGCUGGCAUAUCCCAUAAGCUUGUAAGAGCUUACAAGUAUAUUUUAUUAUACAUCUUUGAAUUACAUAUUUUAAAGUUAAAAAAUUCUUCAUUUAAAAAACACAUAGUUAUAUGUGCUAGUGCCUGCCUUUGAAUACUGUUAAUUGUUAAACAGUGAGAUUUUCUAAAACCUCAUAAUUUUUUUUUAAAUCUCUAUCUUAAGAUAAACAAAUUUACUGGUAUCGAAGAGAGUAUAUCUUUGGUAUCCAUCAGUAAAACUCUUGUGUUGGUUGAUUUUAUUGGUAACACCCUCGAUAGAAGUUUAUGGCGUAAAUGAAGAGGCAAAAAUGAGGAUAACCAUAAGGGAUACAGGAGGGUGCUGCUUUUAUAUAGAUAACUUCUUUGGCUUUCUUCUCUGAGCUUCAGUCAUCAUCAGAAGACAUAGAAAGGUUUGAAAUAGCUUGAGAAUUAAUUCGAUUAAAUGUCACAAGUAGUCAAUGAUAGUCUUAGAAAUGCAUUUUGCUUGAGUUGAACAAGACUUCAUGCAAGGGCCUAACGUGCUUGUACAUUGUAAAUUGUUGAAUUUAAUUGAAAUUACACAUUUGUUCUAGUUUCCUUCUUUAGUUGUCAAGUGGAUAAAAAUCAGUGGUUUAAAAAUCCAACAAAUAUAGUGUUUGAUUUUCCUCCUGUUCCAUACCUGCUUUCAUUGGCUCUCUUCAUAUCAAUUAUGAAUGAAUUAUCCAAUUUUUUACAAUUGUAUUCAUUAGAUCAAGUCAUGUUUAAUUUAAUUACUAAACAAAUUUUCAUUGAAUAUAUUUUAAGACCUUUUAAUCCUAUUCCAUUCUUAAAAUGUGUUUAUUUUAUUAAACACACCAUCCUAAGUGCCAUCGAAGUGCCAAAAGUUACAUGCAACCAUAUUUCAAAUGCAGCUCCUUUUCAUAUAUUCAUAACAUAUACACCACUAACAUUUCAAUUUAGAAGUGAUAGUUUCAAAACUUUAGAAGUGAUAGUUUUAUAAACUUUUUUAACCUUUGAUGAUUGAAUUGUUUUAAUGAAGUGCUUUUGUAAAGCAAGUUAUCGAAAGUGAAAAUGUUAAAAUUUUAAUGUUGAGUUAUUUAAUAAUAAUUUUUAAAAAUCAAAUUGCUUCUAAAAAUUCUUUCUUUUUUAAAUUUUUUUUCUAAACUUCUUCUAAAGAGAGUCAUAAUAAUGAAAUAACAUUAUCUUUUAAUUAUUUUAGAAAUAGGUAUGACUCACUGGGGUUACAGGGCAUACACACUGCAAUAGUUUUCAUUUGAUAAUCUACUAAAUAUUAAUUAGAUCUAAUAUUAAUUUUGCCUUCCUGCUUUAUGGCUUUCAUGAGUAUUUCAUAUUUCAGAGUCAAAAUAAAUUUAAUUUUAUGCCUUAGAGAUUUUGUGUGUGAAAAUAAUUUGGCUUAUCAUAUGAUCUGUCAUCCAUGAGUCCACUUUAUUGAACUUUUACACAUUUUUUAUUAUCAAAGUCCUUGAAGAGUUAUUAUUCAGUUUCCCUUAAUUACCCCCAUCCUUUAAGAUGAAGUUUCUCCUUUAAAUGGCCUGUUCACUGAAUACAAAUGUUUGAUUUUUUUUGGGGGGUGGAUUUUAUUAUUUCAGGUAAAAUAUGUGUUCAUCUAAUUAUACUCUGCAAUAGUCAGUUUCAUAUUGUCAAUUAAAUACCACCAUUGCACACAAUACUUGUGCACAUUGGAACAACAAUAUGUAUGCACUAUGGAAAAGAAGUUUUUAGUUUCCUAUACUGUUCAACUACAAAGGUUACAUUAACAACUCUGAUCAAUUUAAGAAUUGAUUAUUUCUUAACCUAUUAAUUUGUGAGGCAGAAUUUAUCUUUUUUAACUUGUUUCAAUGAAAUGUGGUUUAAAAAAUUACUUUAAUUUUUUUCAAUUCAAGGUCCUUAAUAGUUACAUCUCAAUGUUUUUUGCUAAUAUUUAUUUGAUAAAUAUAAAAAUAUUUAAUAUUUGUAAUGUGAAAGUAAUUUUGACUCCGGCCUCUUAUCUUCCAGUAUGAUGACAUUUGCUGACUUAGACAAACUGUCUCCUAUGGAAGGAAGAGAAACACCAUUCAAGAUUCAAAUGCAAAUUGCGGAGGUUAGGCUGUUUUCCACAUAAACUUUUACUCUUCAUGAGAUGAUAUUUUCCUUUCUACAUGAAGCUUUAUUUAUCUUAUCAAAUUUACCUAUAAAAUAUUGUGAGAGCUAUAAUUUAUUAUUUAAUACUAAAAUGCUAUAAUAUUCUGAUUUUGUUUGAUGGUUUCUUUCACUAGCAAAAACUUCGGCUAGAGCAGGGUCAUACAGAGAGAACAUUUUUGCUACAGGUAGCUGAGAGUGGUUAUAGAUUUGCUCUUGGAGCCUUGGCAGGAGGUACGCUUUUUAAUUUAUAAAUUAAUUACAGAGAAGAAAAGAAACAAUAGUUUUAUAACUAUCGAAGUUAUUUAAUUAUCACAUUGAAAGAUUAGAGGAAAGCAGUAACAAAAAGUUUGAUUCAUUUAUUUUUUUAAAAAAACCUUCAAAAUAAUUUUUCUUACCAGUCAAAAUGUUGAAGCCUGAUUAAAAACAUUUUGGUUACAUAAAACUUACCUUCUCUAAAAAAAAAUACGAAUUGCAUUAUAAUGUUUUGAAACUUAUUAAUUGAAUUAAUUAAAAUGUUCUUAUUUAUUCAUCUAGCCACUGGUGCCACUGCAGUUUACCCUAUUGAUCUGGUAAAGACAAGGCUUCAAAAUCAGAGGUCGACUUCUUUUGUUGGAGAGCUCAUGUACAAAAACAGUAUUGACUGUUUCAAAAAAGUAAAUAUUUCAGAGAUAUAUAUUCUAGCGUAGGCUUGAUAUAAUUAGCUAAGUCAUUAAAUCAGGGACGACAUGUAAGCUUUUGCUUCUCUAUAUUAAAUUAUCUUUAUUAUUUUAGCAUUCAUAUAGAUGUUUAUGUUCUGAUUUUUUUUUCAUCUCUGUUAAGAUUUUGCCCUACGCUGCAUAUUAUGAUUCUCAUUAAUGUAGACCAUUCUUAUGUUUAUCCUUUCAGGUCAUUCGUCAUGAGGGUGUUCUGGGCCUCUAUAGAGGCUUGGCACCACAGCUUGUGGGUGUGGCCCCUGAGAAGGCCAUAAAACUGACAAUGAAUGAUUUGAUGAGAGACAAGCUUUUACAGAAAGAUGGGACAUUGCCCCUCUGGGCUGAAAUGGUGGCUGGUGGCACUGUAAGUUAAAAAUUAGCAGUAACUCAGUCUGCUCUAAUGUACAUUUUAUGUAUACAUGAAAGGGUAGAUGGCUUCUCUUAAAAUUUCUGUAUCUGAAACUAUAACCCUUUUUUUUUUUUUCCACAUUUGAAUAACACUCACUUAUUAACAUAAGCUAAAGAAGAAGUAGGCACCUGUUUAAUUUUGCUUACUGAACUAGAGUAGUGGUGAAAGAAAGCAGAUAGUUCUACAAAAUGAAGGCAUAUCACAUUAGCGAGAGAUAAAAUUAUUAUUCUCUUCCAGGCUGGUGCAUCACAAGUAGUAUUUACAAAUCCCUUAGAAAUAGUGAAGAUCCGUCUGCAAGUAGCAGGAGAGAUUGUAGGCAAGGCUCGAGUUAGUGCUUUCAGUGUUAUGAAGGAACUGGGAUUUUUUGGUCUGUACAAAGUAAGUGAAAACUAAACUCUUAAGGAUUUAGCUCGCUUCCAAUUCACCUUUAAAUUUGAUUUAAUUCAGAUGAAAAUAUAUACAGCAUGAAAUUUUAUGUUAUAUUAUGCACCUUGUUUAAGCAAACAGAUAUGGAUAUGUUUUUUAAAAUAAGACUCUAUUAUCUAAUAACUCUAUACUAUAUGGUGAUCAAACCCAAGCAAUCAAAUAAAAAAUCUGAUUUGUAUGUGUAGUUACCAACUUUCAAAUCUAUCACUAGAAUUGGGGAUUUUUAAAAGAAAAUUUCUUAAAGAAAAGCGGUAAUUAAAUGUAAACAUUUGUCCUUGUAGUUCGCCCACAAAAAAUGAUGUUCUUGUAUAUCCAGGGAUCCAAAGCUUGCUUCCUGAGAGACAUCCCUUUUAGUGCCAUAUACUUUCCUGCCUAUGCACACAACAAGAAAUAUUUUGCAGAUGAAAAUGGCUACAACUCACCUGGCAGCCUCUUGAUAUCUGCCACAAUAGCUGGUCAGUAAAUGAGCUGUACUUUUCUUUCCUGAAUCAUAUUUCAAUUUUGGAAAAAAAUCAAAUAAGCAUAAAAUAUGAAAGUUACCCAUAACCUAGAAAAUGUAAGAACGAAAUAAGCACUGGUUGUAUUAAAAUGUAUUUUGUGAUUCAGUUUCUCCCUGAGAUGAAUCCAAGAGACAAUUUCCACGGACCAUCCUAGUUUAGAGCUUGAAAUUUGCAGCAAUUGUAUCUCUUUGAUACUAGCGUACAUCUUAAGCGUUAUGAUACAAACCUGAAAUUUGAAUUUAGUCGAAAUUAUAUUUCAUGUCACAUUUUAACAAAUUGUGUAAUCUAUUUCAGGCAUGCCAGCAGCCUUCUUUCCCACCCCAGCUGAUGUGAUAAAAACCAGGCUUCAGGUGGCAGCACGCAAAGGUCAGACAACCUACAAAGGUGUCAUAGACUGCGCCAAGAAGAUUUACGCCGAGGAAGGGAUGGGGGCCUUCUGGAAGGGAGCACCAGGUAGGAAUGGUUGAAUUGUUUCAAAAACGUUUCUUGAACUAGUUAAAGUCAAUAGAAAAAAUAGUUUUAACAAAGGGAGUUUUUAUUUUACAUUUUAAGAACUUCUACUGAACUUGGCAACAAGAAAAUUUGUCGAUGCACAUGCAUCCUAAUGUUUACUUCCUUUCUAAAUUGCUAUACUACAACGUUUAAUGAAAAUAGCUAGUUCAAUCGAUAGCACCUUGGUCAACUAAGGACUCAGAUGAUGUAUUCAAAAGUGAAAUAAUUGUCAGUCUUGACAUAGUUAUUAAAUUUACCAUCUUUUAAUCUUAUGUUUCACUGUUUCAGGGGAAAAAGACUUGUGGAUAGAAGUUUUUUUUUAAUUCUGUGGGCUAUGUGGACAUGAAGUUUUAAAAAGGAAGUGGUUUAUCCAAUAACAAAUGAACCUUCCUCUUGAAACUGUAGCUUGUUGGAGCUAAUGAUUUUGUCUUACAUAAUGAUGUACUUUAGAAAAAAAGGAGGAUGGGCCAUGCAUGUGACCUUAAUGUUUUAACGUAAUCUCAUGUUGAAAUAUUGUCCUUCCAGCUCGUGUCUUAAGAUCUUCACCACAGUUUGGCGUGACGCUGCUGACAUAUGAGUUAUUGCAAAGAUUGUUUUAUGUGGACUUUGGUGGAAAGUAAGUUUUUCAGCUUCUUUGUGAGGAUAUUUUAUUUAAAACUUACAUUGAACAACAUUUUGGGGAUUCAGUGGAAUACAAGUGUUAAUAAUUUUUCUGGUUCAAUCGUUCUGAAACCAUGGUCUUACUUUUUUGUAUUUUUCCUCAGAGAAAGUUAAUUUUACCCACAUCCUCGUACCUUUUUAUAAGUGUAUCAAUAUGUCCUAUUUUAUUGAGCAUCAGAGAUAAUUAAUUUACUGACCAACUUCAUUUGUUAAAAGAUACUGAUAAAGUUGCUCAUACCGCUCAGUCAAUGUCUUAAAAUUAUUUAAUGCUCAUUAAACAUUAGCAGAGUAAUAGUACAUUUUCUAAAAAUUUUAUUUCACUCAUGAACAAAAAGUCAUUACUCUCUUAUGCCUGAAGGGCUAUUUUGAUUGAAAAACCAACUCUUCACAGGCCACAAAUCAUUUCAUCCUUCCACAAAAAAAAAAUGAACAAUGUGUAGAACUUUUUUUUUCCACAAUGCACAUAAUUCUCAAAUAAUAUCGCUAUAUAUAUAUAAUGUGUCACCACACACAUCCACAAAUUGUAGCCACUUUGAGAUAUAACUUUUUAGUAUAUAUUGUAUUACUUAAGUAUAUAUUUAAGUAUUGAAAAAAUAUGUUUGUCGCUGUCACUUUGAUACACAGUUGAGGGGUUAGGGAGAAGAUAUCUAGGAAGCUGAAAUUAAGCUCCCAAGUAAAAGUAGAUCGAGAGGUCUGGAGAGGGGUUAGCCCCCUCAACAGAAUUUUUUUUAUUAAUUCAAAUGCAGAGCUGCAUUUUUCUGCUUACUUGAAUUAAAAUUUUAAACAACUGGUGGGCCACAACAUUUACCGUGCUGGGCUGCAUGUGGCUGGCCACGCCUGCCUUAUGUUCUCAUUAGCGUCCAGCUAAUCAAUCCUUUUUUUUUGUCCCACAGCCGACCUGAAGGAUCUGAAGCAAAGUCUGUCCACCUUGAGGAGGUCCUCUCGCGUAAUCCAGACCAUAUAGGUGGCUACCGCAUGGCCAUAGCAACAUUUGAUGGCAUCGAGUCCAAGUUUGGCCUGAUGCUUCCUAAGUUUAGACCAUCAACACCAGCAAAACAAUAACAGCUGUCUCCCUAGUGUCUUGUAUAAAUAGUGUGUGUGGUAUAGCUAAUUUUGUCCCAUAGUACAUGAUUGGACUAUAUUUCCAUCAAUUAACAGUUGAUUGUCAUCCUCGACCCCCCAAUUGAGAGAAUGUUUUUAGAGAUCUCAUGAAUAGGGAGCUGAUAUUUUUUAACACUGGCCGCUGUCUGAGAAAGAGACGUAAGGUGAUAAGCAGGGAGAAACUGUACCCGAAUGGCACAGUGGUGUGUUUGACGAGUGCUGUCAUAAUAUUUUUAACAACUAAUGUAACUGAGUUUAUGAACUGUAAUUUAAGUAUGGAUUGAUCUCUUUAACUGAUUGAUGAUUUAAGAGCAAGUAGCAUGGAUGGUAGCCUUGGAUACGGUUGUAAUGUGUAUAUAUAUAUGGUUGACGGGUGAAUGGAUGACUACAGUGAAUGUAAUAUUGAAGGUGAACUCGGAUAAAAACAGAUUGUGGUUGGCUGGAAUGGGCUCCUUCUGUCAAGAUGGUUUGAUGAAUUGAAAAGAUCUCCUGUGUGAGCUAAUAUUUUUUGCUUUGUUUACUCAACUGUGCUCUUCACUGCUGAAUGUGAGGGUACUGAUGAAUGCAAGAUGAGACUCUAUGGACAUAGAUAACGACUCUUCAUGACUAAUACUUUUAAAGAAAUUUUUAUUUUUUUUUAUUUAUUAAAAAUUUUUUUUUUUUUUUUUUUUUAAGAGAAAUAUAUUUUACUGUUAAGGAAAUAUCUGAAAAAUAAAAUUUAAUAAUUCAAGGACUUUUGUUUAGAAACUUGGCACAUUUAUUAAAAUAAUUCCAGUCUAUGCAUAAUGUUGUUCAAAUAAAAUUAAUAUAAGAAAAUUCUUAAGAUGGCUUCUGACAUGCCCGCGAAUUCUCAGCGAAGUAAAAGUGGAUGGAACUGAACGGUUAUAUUAGAAUUUUAAUUUCAAAAAUUUUGUUUUUGAAUCUUUACAGCAAGACAAAUAAUCUUUUAUACAAGCCAGCCCUUUCAAUACUAAAUUUUUUACUAUUCACUGUACUUGACUUCUUUUGGUAUUAUACGUGUGCCCAUCCAAUCAAACUAUUUUUUUUAACAAAAUAUAUUUGGUUUACAAGUUUUGUAUCGAGGCAUGAUCCAUUGAUGAGAAUGCUAUAUAACUUUCAUAAUCCAUUGGUGAGAAUGCUAUAUAACUUUCAUAAUCCAUUGAUAAUGCUAUAUAACUUUCAUAAUCCAUUGAUGAGAAUGCUAUAUAACUUUCAUAAUCCAUUGGUGAGAAUGCUAUAUAACUUUCAUUCUUUCGUACAUGCAAGCUUUUCUAUAUAACUUUCAUUCUUUCGUACAUGCAAGCUUCUUUUUUUUUUUUUUAAAAAAAAACCAAAGCUCCUCUGUCAGUGAUCAAGUCAAAUCAAUCAUUUAAAUGACAGGUUUGUUUAAAGGUUGUUUAAACUAACACCCAAGCCAUUGACAUUUACGCUAAUAAUAAGAUCUGUUAUUGUGUUUCCAUGCUCAGCAAAAAAAAGUUGUGUGCCAUGCCUUCUUAAUAUCUGAUUGACUUGAAUGAACUUGAUAACAUCAUAUAAAAAAUUGAUGAUUACAAAAUUUGCCUUGUUUUUAGACUCAUUGACUCUUCAUUUUACAAUUGAUUUUUAUUUGUAAUUUUUAAUGAGGGCCACAUGAAUUCAUGGUCUUUGAUUCCGUUGAUUUCUUUAAACAUUAUUUUUUUAAGUAUUGCAGAUUUUGAUGGUUAGUGAAUUUAAAGCAAUAUUUGAACAAUUUUUUUUUUUUUUGUUUUGUUUAUGAAUAGAUGUUUUUAAUUUAGUUGCACUGAAUUAGGUUCAAGACAAUAGCUCUAUGUUUCAUUGUUUGAUUUAAUUACUCAUUUGUGCUUUUAUUUUUAUUUUUCUUAUUAACCUUAACUAAUGGUUAGGUAUAAUUGGAUGUAGAAAUGUCCCUUGGAUGUAUGUUACCAGGACUAACCAGAAGAUUUAAUGUUAUCAAUGUAAGCACCUUUACUAACCCAACCCUCCAUCUUGAUAUUAACAAGUUUAGUUUUGACACAGCUUGGCCCUCUGAGAUUAUGUUUUCAUCUAGGUAGCACUGACCGUCGGUCUCUAACAAGGUUUUUGAACAAUUUUGUUCUGUCACAUUGGUUUAUUGUUUGUGUUAGUUUUAUUUAUGAACAAUGUAUGUUGUACCCUUUAAAUCGGUGUGUUACUGAUAUUUUAAAACUUUCUGGGUGUUUUACUUUUUAUAACACUAGCAUCCACCGUGCGAAUCUUUCGUUCCUGCUCCUUAUUUCUCUCAUCGAUAACAUCGAGGCAGUGAUCAGAUUUGAUGUGCUUGCUGGCAAGAAAAGUAAUUUUAUAUGUUACAACUUUCUACUUUCUAGAGUUAGCCUGCGGGGCCAAAGAUAUCAAACUAGUGAAUAAUUAACAUGAGAUAACGGUUAGUGUUGUACUAUCGGUUAGUAUUGUACUAUGGCUCUUAAUCAUAAAACUUAAAAUAGCAAUUGUGUCAUUUGAAAUACGUCUUAUGCUCUGUAAUGUGGGUGGGAUAUUGCAGCUAUCUGAUAGUCUCCGUUACCUUGCAUAGUUGAAAGUGAGAGAAGCAUGUCUCCCAGUGUGACGAUGAGCGCCCUGGAUGUCAAACUAUUCACAUGGAUGAAUGCAUAAAUAUACUCUACAGAUUUCUUCUUGUGCCUGUCCCUACACUGUAUCUGGAGUAUAAGCUGUAUGUUUGCAUUAAUCAGGUGUGUACAUAGACAUAGCCUUUAUAUGUGCAGCCUUAGGUUAGAACUACCCACACAUUUUGUAUGUACAUUAAAGAAUAUUUUACUGUUCCUCUGUUUGAAUUGGUUCCAUCGCUUUGUUUGAAUGUUUCACGGGGAGUUGGAUGUGAUGUAAUGGAAUCCUUGUCACACUGUAGCUGUGACAGCACUUAUCCUGCCUAAUUCCUAUCUAAUUCCUAUCAUUGUCACACGCUGUAAUAGAACUGAGUCUGUCUAAUUCCUAUCAUUGUCACACUGUAGCUGUGACAGAACUUGUCCUGCUUAAUUCCUAUCAUUGUCACACUGCAGCUUCGAAAGAACUUAUCCUUAUUCCUUUGGUUAGGAUAAUCUUAUGAAGUCUUCAUUUAGCUAAUCAAGUCCCAUAUGACGGUGACUGCUAGUUUCAACCAUGAUUAUAAAACACCAUAGAUUCUUUCAAAUGUUAACAUUCUUGUACAGAGGUUUUUGCACUAUUAUAACCUUCUGGGAAAGGGUGUUAAAACAUCCAAACUGUGCUACCGAGAAUCCUAACUUAAUGUUAACAUAUAGAAAGAGUAGAGUUUUGAGUAUGAGUGAUGUGAAGCAAGAGGUCGGCAACCGUUUCACAAAAUUGUAUCUCCCAAGAAACCAUUCACUUUUAUUAAGGACGGAAUGAGAGAGUGAAUGUGACAGGACACAAGAAGUAAUAUUUUACUUAGGAUACUUCAAUGUAGAAACUACGUUAAAACAUACAGUUAAGUGAUUUAUUCACUCUUCAAAGUAAGAGAAUGUAAUACUCAUUAAAUUGAAAACGAACCCGAAUUUAUACAUUUAAAUUAAAUUCAAAGAGCCGCAGGUUGCCAAGUGCUGUGUUAAGGUGUGCAAGUACAAGCAGCGGAAGAAGCUGUGCGUGUUCUUCUUUCCCCUGUCGGGUGUCAUGCAAAAGUUUUUAAUUGUACCCGUUUGUAUUCUUCAUAACAGUAACAGCAAAAUGGAGGUGUGAAUUAUCGGCUACCGCACUGUGUUUGUUCGAAUUUCUGCCCAUUUUAUUUUUUAAUAGAUUUUUUUUGUGUUUCAAAUUUAAAAAAUCUGAAGAUGAAAAAAUCACUUUAUAAGAAAACACCUGGUCAUAGGGCCACCUAAGCUCAUACUAGUGACAAUUUAUUUUGCUAACUGAAUGUCUGGCUUUUUCUAUUUAAAACAUUGUGAACUGUCUUCCAUUCCUAAAAAAAUAGUUCUUAUUAAUUUGCCUAUGCCAUCUCUCAAGCCAUUAUCUUGAUUCGCCCCAGCAUCACCUGCAGCCGCACUGGGCUGUGGUUGAGUUUCUUUCAUUAGAACUUAGAACUAUUCUUUUUGGGUUUCUACCGCGUGUGCUGUGGUGGGGGGUAGUAUAAAUGUAAGAUCAUUUGUGUAGUUCUGUUUCCCCCAAUAUCACCAGAGCUCCUCUGUGAUGCCGAGUCUGUAAUCUAUGGGAUCAGCUCGUCUGUGUCUCGAGUUCAGUGAUGUACCCCACGGAAAAAUAUAAAAUCGGGGGUUCCCAAAUUUGGAGGCUCCAAACCCUCCCCCCCCCCCCACCCAAACCACCACCUGGAGUGUGGCAAUGGGCAAGUAGCAUUUUAGAGGGUGGAGGGAAAAGUGAUAAUAAAUGGUGAAAAUUUUAUUUUUAAAUUUUAGAAUAUAGAAAAGGUUGGGAAACCCUGUCUUGUGUGACUAUUGUAGGGGUCUAUUGUUGGUGUGUAGUAUUGAUAAUGUAAGGCGUUUCACGAAUGUAUUUGCACAUAUGUCUUUGUAACU